AUAUCUCCGCAAGUCGUCGUCUACUCUUCAUUCACUAAUCAAUCCACAGUUUGGAGAUAAUCCCCAUCAAUGGCGUCUUCCGAUCUGGAGAGGAAGGCGAAAGAGGCUUUCAUCGAUGACCACUUCGAGCUCGCCGUUGACCUCUACACUGAAGCCAUUGCGCUGAGCCCUACCGCCGCCGAGCUCUUCGCAGACCGCGCUCAAGCCAAUAUCAAACUCCGAAACUUCACUGAGGCUGUUGCUGAUGCAAAUAAAGCAAUUGAGUUGGAUCAUUCAAUGUCUAAAGCUUAUCUGCGUAAAGGUUUGGCAUGUAUCGAGCUUGAAGAAUAUCAGACUGCUAAGGCUGCCUUGGAAACUGGUGCUUCCUUGGCGCCUAAUGACUCCAGGUUUACUAAGUUUAUCAAAGAAUGUGACAAGCGCAUAGCAGAGGAAGCUGCUGAGUUUUCUACGGGAUUAGUUGACAAAGCUCCAAUUGUUGCUGCUCCUAAUAAUUUACCGUCAGUUGGCUUAGCCAAUGAAGGAACAGCCAUUACAGUGUCAACCUCCAAAACAAAAUACAGGCAUGAAUUUUAUCAGAAACCAGAAGAAGUGGUGGUAACUAUAUUUGCAAAGGGCAUACCAGCUAACAGCAUAGUCAUUGACUUUGGUGAACAAAUACUUAGUGUCACCAUCGAGUUGCCUGGUGAAGAAGCAUAUCGUUUUCAGCCUCGCUUAUUUGGAAAGAUAUUUCCUGCGAAAUGUAGAUACAGUGUCAUGUCUACAAAAAUUGAAAUCCGACUUGCCAAAGCUGACUCUACACAUUGGACUUCCCUUGAAUUUAACAAGGACGUCGCAGUUGUACAAAAAGCUACUGUAUUAUCAGUCAGCAAACCCUCUUAUCCUUCCUCCAAACCGAAAGGAGUAGAUUGGGAUAAACUGGAAGCUGAAAUGAAAAAAGAGGAAAAGGAUGAGAAACUUGAUGGUGAUGCAGCUCUGAACAAAUUUUUCAGAGACAUUUACCUUGAUGCUGACGAAGACACAAAACGAGCAAUGAGCAAAUCUUUUGUUGAGUCAAACGGGACAGUGCUAUCGACAAACUGGAAAGAAGUGGGCGGCAAGAAGGUAGAAGGAAGCCCUCCUGACGGUAUGGAGUUGAAGAAAUGGGAAUAUUAAAAUCUUUGAUCAUCUUACAUGCUUUCACAACAUGAAUAACUUAGUUACAGAUUGUGAUUGAACUUGUUUAUAUAUUUUCCCAGAUCCAACUUGAGAUCGAUCUGCCUUCACAAACUUGAGUUGUGUGUGAAUUUCUUAUAGAUAUAUGUAAGAUGCACCGCUCUGUGUUUGCA